AUGACGGAGGAUCUCAGGAGGAUUGAGGCAAAACGACGUGGCAUCGUGCAGUGGGAACCAGGCCAGACUCUGAUCAAGGCAUCAGAGCUCUCCUAUGACAGAGAAAUCGCACGCGGCAACUACGGUACGGUGUACAAGGGCAGAUGCCGCGGCUUUCCCGUCGCCAUCAAGCUGCUCCACAACCAGCACCUCAUCGAGCCCAAAAUCGAGGAAUUGAAGCGCGAAGUAGAGAUUAUGAGUUCACUGCGGCAUCCGUGCAUUCUGCUGUUCAUGGGCGUAUGCACGGAGAAGGACAACCUGGCAGUCGUCAUGGAGUACGUGGACGGCCGCGACCUGGAGAGCAUUGUACACGACAAGGACGUGGUCAUGACCACUGCACAGCAGCUCUUGAUCGCCAAAGGAAUUGCCCAAGGAAUGAAUUGGUUGCACUGCCUGAAGCCGGAGCCCAUCAUUCACCGCGACCUCAAGCCACCAAACGUGUUGGUGACGAAGGACUUUGAGGUGCGGGUGUGCGACUUUGGUCUGUCGUGCGUCAAGGAGAAGUUCGACCCCAAGGCCCCGCCCAAGGACAAGGCCGUGGGCACGCCCGUGUGGAUGAGUCCCGAGAUCCUCUGCGGCCUCCCCGCCAGCGAGAAGUCCGACGUGUACGCCUUUGGACUCGUUCUCUGGGAAUUGUUUACGAGGAAAGAGCGGCCAUUUGCGCAUGUGACGUCGUUCUCCGAAUUCUGCGACGACGUGAUCGAUCGAAAUGUGCGACCCACCCUGCCCGACGAGGUGCCCAAGCACAUCCGACGGCUUAUCAAGGCCUGCUGGCAUGGCGACAUGGACAAGCGGCCAAGCUUCGAGCAGAUAUUGGAGAAGAUCGACGAGCUGGUGGUCACGAACUCGAUCAAGGACAAGGUGGCCCGGAAUCUGUGGAAGAUCCUCAAGGAAACGGAAACGGCUUCGCACUACCCGUUCUACGCCGAGUGGGACAACUUCAUCGAGGUGCUCUGCGGCGCUCUCGGGCUGCCGCUGGAUACGAUACCACCUGAGAGCACCAUCUACCAGUGUGCCAAGGCCAUACUGGCCGAGGAAGAACGGGACCUGACCUCGAGUGACGCCGCGAAGAAGUUCCUGGUCAGCUGCGAAAGCUUUGGCCGAUUUGUAGAUGUGUUCGGCCCGCUCAGAAGUGAUAUAUUAUCUAAUUUUGACGAGCUGUGCAGAACGGGUUGCUUCCACGGCUCGAUUGACGCCAAGGAGGCCGAGCGACGAUUGACCGGACAGCGAAGUGGUUGCUAUCUCGUGCGACUCUCUUCCAAAGACAACUGCAUCGCAAUCACCAAGCGGCACAAGCACGGGUUCAACCAUCAGAGAGCGUUCCGGAACGAGAAGGGGUUCAACAUCCAGAUCGGCACCAAGUGCCACCUGUUCCCGUCGCUGCUGGCCUUCCUCAACUCCCCGCAGGCCCGGUCGAAGAAGGACGGCCUCUACCUCAAGUGCCCGUGCUUCACCGACUCCAAGUUUGCGCAGAUCCACAAGAAGGGCGCCGAGGAGCGCGAGGUGAGCUACGUCGGCCUCGACUACAUCCGCGAGGGCCUGCGAAACGCCAAGGUCUCAUCCUCGUCCAACAUCUACGGCAGCAGCACCAACAACAACAAUGGCAACAGCGACAACCAUCAUCAUCAUCAUCAUCACGACGGCGGCGGGCAUGCGCCAACGAUCAGCAGCCACUCGGCGAGCAACAGCAACCUCGUCUCGCACUCGCCCAUCUACGGGUCGGAGCCGCAGGUGGUGGUGGAGGAGGAGAAGAUCAGGAAGAAGAAGAAGCGGCUCUCCUGGAGGAAGUCCAAGAACUACGAGUAA